AUGUCGUACGAUAAUAAUCACAACUAUUAUGACCCGAAUCAGCCGAUGGGUAAUGAUGGUUAUUAUCAACAACAACCUUAUGAUGAUAUGAACCAACAACCACAUCAGGAAUACUAUGACCCUAACAUGCAAUAUCAACAACAGCCUUAUGACAUGGACGGGUACCAAGAUCCCAACUAUCAGGGUCAACAGAUUCCUCAACAAGGAUAUAACGCUGAUCCUGAAGCGUUUUCUGAUUUCAGUUACGGGGGUCAAACUCCAGGUACUCCUGGUUACGACCAAUACGGUACCCAGUUUACUCCUUCUCAGAUGAGUUAUGGUGGUCCCAGAUCGUCUGGUGCUUCUACGCCCAUCUACGGUGGAGCAGGUGGAAACUACGAUCCAACCCAAUUUCAAAUUUCUUCCAGCAUGCCUUACCCUGCUUGGUCUGCCGAUGCGCAAGCACCAGUUAAAGUAGAGCAUAUUGAGGAUAUUUUCAUCGACUUGGCCAACAAGUUUGGUUUCCAAAGAGAUUCGAUGAGAAAUAUGUUCGACUACUUUAUGACCUUAUUGGACUCUAGAUCCUCGCGUAUGUCUCCCGCCCAAGCCUUAUUGAGUUUACACGCGGAUUACAUUGGAGGUGAAAACGCCAACUACAAAAAGUGGUAUUUUGCUUCGCAACAGGACUUGGAUGAAUCAAUUGGUUUUGCCAACAUGAAAAUGGGAAAGGUUGGUAAGAAAGCUAGAAAGGCAUCCAAGAAGUCCAAGAAGGCAAGAAAGGCAGUCGAGGAACAUGGCCAGGACAUUGACGCUUUGGCUAAUGAAUUAGAAGGCGACUACUCUUUGGAAGCCGCAGAAAUUAGAUGGAAAGCCAAGAUGAACUCUUUGUCUCCUGAAGAGAGAAUUAGAGACAUUGCUUUGUAUUUGUUGUUGUGGGGUGAAGCCAAUCAAGUUAGAUUUACUCCUGAAGCAAUUUGUUACAUCUACAAAACGGCAUUCGAUUACUUGAUGUCUCCUCAAUGUCAACAAAGACAAGAACCUGUUCCAGAAGGUGAUUACUUGAAUCGUGUCAUCACACCUUUGUACCGAUUCUUUAGAUCUCAAGUUUACGAAAUCUACGAGGGCCGUUUGGUCAAGCGUGAAAAGGAUCACAACAAGGUGAUUGGUUACGAUGAUGUUAACCAGUUGUUCUGGUACCCAGAAGGUAUUUCAAGAAUUAUCUUUGAAGAUGGUACUAGAUUGAUUGACGUUCCACCUGAAGAGCGUUACUUGAGAUUUGGUGAGGUCGAAUGGCACAAUGUCUUCUUUAAGACUUACAAGGAAAUUAGAACUUGGUUGCAUCUUAUCACUAACUUCAACAGAAUCUGGAUCAUCCACGGUACUGUCUACUGGAUGUAUACUGCUUACAACUCCCCAACGUUGUACACCCUCCAUUAUGUUCAAACUGUUAACAAUCAGCCUCUUGCUUCAUCGAGAUGGGCGGCCGCUGCUAUCGCUGGUGUAUUGGCUGCGUUCAUUCAAAUUGCUGCAACGGUGUGUGAGUGGAUGUUCGUUCCCAGAGAAUGGGCUGGUGCUCAACAUUUGACUCGUCGUUUGAUGUUCCUCAUUAUUAUCUUCGUGGUUAACUUGGCCCCAAUUGUUUUCACAUUCUACUACGCUGGCUUGGCUGCAAAGUCAAAAGCAGCGCUAGUGGUUUCGAUUGUUGGGUUCUUCAUUGGUAUUGCCACGAUUGUAUUCUUUGCCGUUAUGCCUUUGGGUGGUUUGUUCACAAGUUAUAUGAACAGAAGAUCAAGAAGAUAUUUGGCUUCUCAAACCUUCACUGCUAACUUCAACAAGUUGACUGGCUUAGACAUGUGGUUAUCUUAUUUAAUGUGGGUUCUUGUGUUCUUUGCCAAGUACAUCGAGUCUUAUUUCUUUAUGGCUUUGUCCUUGAGAGAUCCUAUCAGAAACUUGUCUACCGCUAACAUGAGAUGUGUCGGUGAAGUCUGGUUCGGUGACAAAUUGUGUAAACACCAAGCUAAGGUUGUUUUGGGUUUGAUGUACCUUGUGGACUUGUUAUUGUUCUUUUUGGAUACCUACAUGUGGUACAUUAUUUGUAACUGUGUGUUUUCCAUUGGACGUUCAUUCUAUUUGGGUAUUUCUAUCUUGACACCUUGGAGAAACAUUUUCACAAGACUUCCAAAGAGAAUCUACUCUAAGAUUUUGGCUACCACUGAGAUGGAGAUUAAGUACAAACCAAAGGUUUUGAUCUCUCAAAUCUGGAAUGCUAUUGUGAUUUCCAUGUACAGAGAACAUUUGUUGGCUAUUGAUCACGUUCAAAAGUUGUUGUACCACCAAGUUCCAUCUGAAAUUGAGGGUAAGAGAACUUUGAGAGCUCCAACUUUCUUCGUUUCUCAGGAUGACAAUAACUUCGAGACGGAGUUCUUCCCAAGAAACUCUGAAGCUGAGAGACGUAUCUCUUUCUUUGCUCAAUCCUUGGCUACACCAAUCUUGGAACCAUUGCCAGUUGACAACAUGCCUACCUUUACUGUGUUUACUCCUCACUACUCUGAAAGAAUUUUAUUGUCUUUAAGAGAGAUUAUUAGAGAGGAUGACCAAUUCUCCCGUGUUACCUUGUUAGAAUAUUUGAAACAAUUGCACCCAGUUGAAUGGGACUGUUUUGUCAAGGACACCAAAAUUUUGGCGGAAGAAACUGCUGCUUUCGAAGGUGAAGGUGUCGACAAAGAGUCUGAAGAUGGCCUCAAAUCUAAGAUUGAUGAUUUGCCAUUCUACUGUAUUGGUUUCAAGUCUGCUGCUCCUGAGUAUACAUUGAGAACCCGUAUUUGGGCUUCCUUGAGAUCCCAAACCUUGUACCGUACCGUUUCCGGUUUCAUGAACUAUGCCAGAGCCAUCAAAUUGUUGUACCGUGUUGAGAAUCCAGAAUUGGUUCAAUAUUUCGGUGGAGACCCAGAGGGCCUUGAACUCGCAUUGGAGAGAAUGGCAAGAAGAAAAUUCAAGUUUGUUGUUUCAAUGCAAAGAUUGGCCAAGUUUGAAGACUGGGAGAUGGAGAAUGCUGAAUUUUUGUUACGUGCUUACCCUGACUUGCAAAUCGCUUACUUAGACGAAGAGCCUGCCUUAUCCGAAGAGGAAGAUCCAAGAAUCUAUUCCGCUUUGAUUGAUGGUCACUGUGAAAUUUUGGAGAAUGGUAGACGUCGUCCUAAGUUUAGAGUGCAAUUGUCUGGUAACCCAAUUUUGGGUGAUGGUAAGUCUGAUAACCAAAAUCAUGCUUUGAUUUUCCACCGUGGUGAGUACAUUCAAUUGAUUGAUGCCAAUCAAGACAACUACUUGGAAGAAUGUUUGAAGAUCAGAUCUGUGUUGGCCGAAUUCGAAGAAUUGAACGUUGAACAAAUUAACCCAUAUGCUCCCAACUUGAAGACUGAUGUCAAAACUGGAAACAAUGCCCCUGUUGCUAUCUUGGGUGCUCGUGAAUACAUUUUCUCAGAGAACUCUGGUGUCUUGGGUGAUGUCGCUGCUGGUAAGGAACAAACAUUCGGUACCCUUUUCGCAAGAACUUUGGCACAAAUUGGUGGUAAAUUGCAUUAUGGACAUCCUGAUUUCUUGAAUGCCACUUAUAUGUUCACCAGAGGAGGUGUUUCUAAGGGACAAAAAGGAUUGCAUUUGAACGAAGAUAUUUAUGCUGGUAUGACUGCUAUGUUAAGAGGUGGUAGAAUCAAGCACUGUGAAUACUACCAGUGUGGUAAGGGUAGAGAUAUGGGUUUCGGAUCCAUUUUGAAUUUCACAACCAAGAUUGGUGCUGGUAUGGGAGAACAGAUGUUGUCUCGUGAAUAUUACUACUUGUCGACUCAGCUUCCUUUGGACAGAUUUUUGUCCUUCUUCUACGGUCAUCCAGGUUUCCAUAUUAACAACUUGUUCAUUCAAUUAUCUUUGCAAGUUUUCAUGUUGGUGUUGGCUAACUUGAACGCAUUGGCUCACGAAUCCAUUAUCUGUUCCUACAACAGAAACACCCCUAUCACCGAUGUGUUAUAUCCUUACGGUUGUUACAACUUUGCCCCCGCGGUUGACUGGAUUAGACGUUACACAUUGUCUAUUUUCAUUGUGUUCUUCAUUGCGUUCAUCCCAUUGGUGGUUCAAGAAUUGAUUGAAAGAGGUGUUUUGAAGGCAGCUCAAAGAUUCUGUCGCCAUCUUAUCUCGUUGUCGCCAAUGUUCGAAGUGUUCGUUGCUCAAAUCUACUCGACUUCAUUGAUUACUGAUUUGACUGUUGGUGGUGCCAGAUAUAUCUCCACUGGUAGAGGUUUCGCCACUUCUCGUAUUCCAUUCUCCAUAUUGUACUCCCGUUUUGCUGAUUCAUCGAUUUACAUGGGUUCAAGAUCUAUGUUGAUUUUGUUGUUCGGAACUGUUUCCCACUGGCAAGCUCCAUUGUUGUGGUUCUGGGCAUCGUUGUCAUCAUUGAUGUUCUCACCAUUUAUCUUCAACCCUCAUCAAUUUUCUUGGGAAGAUUUCUUCAUCGAUUACCGUGACUUUAUCAGAUGGUUAUCCCGUGGUAACUCCAAGUGGCAUAGAAACUCUUGGAUUGGUUACGCUCGUCUUUCCAGAUCUCGUGUCACUGGUUUCAAGAGAAAGUUGACUGGCGAUGUAUCGGAGAAGGGUGCUGGUGAUGCUUCCAGAGCACACAGAUCCAACGUUUUCUUUGCCGACUUUUUGCCCACUUUGAUCUACACUGCCGGUCUUUUCGUUGCCUACACUUUCAUCAACGCUCAGACUGGUGUAAGAAGGGGACCAAAUGGUGAGGGUAGUCCUACUGAGGUCAACUCUGUGUUGAGAGUUGUGAUUUGUUCUUUGGCUCCUGUCGUUAUUGAUCUCGGUGUUUUGGCAGGAUGUCUUGGUCUCGCUUGUUGCGCAGGUCCAUUAUUGGGAUUGUGCUGCAAGAAGACUGGUUCUGUGAUUGCCGGUGUUGCUCAUGGUAUUGCCGUUGUUGUGCACUUGGUCUUUUUCAUUGUCAUGUGGGUCUUGGAAGGCUUCAACUUUGCUAGAAUGUUGUUGGGUCUUUGUACCAUGGUUUACAUCCAAAGAUUGUUGUUCAAGUUCUUGACGAUUUGCUUCUUGACCAGAGAGUUCAAGAACGAUAAAUCUAACCAAGCUUUCUGGACCGGUAAAUGGUACGGAUCUGGUUUGGGAUGGAUGGCCUUCACACAACCAGCUCGUGAAUUCUGUGCCAAGGUUAUUGAAAUGUCGGAGUUUGCCGGAGACUUUAUUUUGGCACACAUCAUCUUGUUUGUGCAAUUGCCUAUCAUCUGUAUUCCAUUGAUUGACAGAUGGCAUUCGACCAUGUUGUUCUGGUUGAAACCUUCCAGAUUGAUCAGACCCCCAAUCUACUCAUUGAAGCAGGCCAAGUUGAGAAAGAGAAUGGUGAGAAGAUACUGUACUCUUUACUUUUUGAUUUUGGUUAUCUUUGUUGCACUUAUUGCUGCACCUGCUGCUAUUGGUAACACCACUCUUGUACCAGAAGACUUGGGUAAAUCGUUGAAGGGUACUUUUGCUGGAUUGUUCCAACCAAGACACGUUGAAAACAAUGACACUGGUACUACUGUGGGCAAGGCUUACAUGAGUCUGCACACGUUCUGGACCAACACUCCUACUCACAAGAGCACUAAAUAUACCACCAAGCCAUAA